UGACCUCUCCCCAUGAGCACCGCUGUCUAAGCGACGAGGACAAGCUGCAUCAGGGAGGUGGGACGCAGACCAAGGACCGCGGCACAUCCACUGACACUCCCUGCAGAUACAAACACACUUCUGGACACACCCACAGCUCCACAGCAGGGACACACUCCAAACUGCCGGAGAAGCCCCCAGCAUCCCCGCCUCCCCAAAACUACACACUCACACCUCUGGGCCCCCCAGGGAAGGGCGAAGGGGGGACACACAGAGAGAAGAUCCGCUAUCACACAGAUGUACGCCUAGAACCCACCGAGGAGAUCUAUCUGACUCCCGUGCACCGUUCCGAGCAGGACCACCCAUUCCUGUCCCAGCAGCCAGAGCACGGACGCAUGUCAAUCAGCUCUGACACCGAGGGCCCGCCCCCUUACCAGCCUCUGCCCGACCGGACCAACCCUUCCAUCUGUGAGGAAGACGAGGUGUACGUGCCCCCUCCCUCCUACGCCUCCUAUGUGGAGGCUCUCUUUACCCCUCCCUCUACCGCCCCCCCCAGGGAACACCCAGGCUUAGCCCUGAACCUCGGCCUGAGGGAAGGAGGAGCAGGGGCGAUGGUGAGGGCAGGGGCAGGGGCAGGGGUGGAGUAUGUAGAUGUCCAGGAUGAGACAUUUGGGGUAGAGGGUGAGGCUGAGGAUGAGAAGGUAAGGGUUGUGGGAGGCAGGCAGUAUUUGGGACGUGGUGGCUGUGGUGCCCCCAUGAGUACUUUGAUGAGCUCGGAAGCGAGUGGUCUGUCUUACGACUCUGUGAAGUACACACUCGUUGUGGACGAGCACGCGCAGCUCGAACUGGUAAGUCUGCAGCAGUGUUACCAAUGUUACAGCGACGACAGCAACUCUGCGACCGUCUACGACAACUGCGUCUCGUCUCCGUACAAGUUGGCCAUAGGGGAGAAGUAUAAAGAGGAAGUGGAAGAAGAGGAAGAGGAGGAGGAGGAGAGAGCAAGAGUGGGAAGGGUGAGGAGAGAAGCCACCGCCUGUCUGUCAGAGGACACCACCCCGGAGGCGAACUUGCACUUCUCUAAGAAGUUCCUCAACAUCUUCAUGAACGGACGGUCACGAUCAUCCAGUGCAGAGCCAUUUGGCUUGUUCUCCUGCCUCAUAAAUGGGGAAGAGAGGGAACAGAGUCACAGAGCCGUCUACAGGUUUGUUCCUCGCCAUGAUGAUGAGCUGGAGUUGGAGGUGGAUGACCCUGUACUGGUGGAGGUACAAGCAGAGGAUUACUGGUACGAAGGCUAUAACAUGCGUACAGGCACCUGCGGCAUCUUCCCUGCUUACUACGCCAUAGAGGUCGCCAAGGAGCCAGAGAGCUUCAAAGUGAAGAGCAGUGAAUGGGUAGACAGAUAUCACAUGAAAUUCCUGGGCUCGGUCCAAGUGCCCUACCACAAAGGCAACGAUGUUCUGUGUGCAGCUAUGCAGAAGAUUGCCACCAAUAGGAGGAUGACAGUGCAGUAUAACCCACCUUCGUCUUGUAUCCUUGAGAUCAACGUGAAAGGCGUGAAGCUCCUAGUCCAGGAUGACUACUAUGCCUCUGACAGAAGUAACCAGUGCAGCCACUUCUUCCAGUUGAAGAAUGUUUCCUUCUGUGGAUAUCACCCUAAGAACAGCAAGUACUUUGGCUUCAUCACAAAACACCCAGCUGACCAGAGAUUUGCCUGUCAUGUGUUUGUGUCUGAAGAUUCUACUAAACCCCUGGCAGAGUCUGUUGGGAAAGCCUUCCAGUUGUACUAUAAGGAAUUUGUAGAUUGCUCCUGUCCGACAGAGGAUAUUUACCUGGAAUAGCACCCACCCCGCCUUCCACCACAACCCUGUACAUUACAGUGUAUCAUAACAUAAUGUUGCAUGACAGAGAAAACAAUUCUAACAAAUGUGAACUAAUAAAUCUGACAAAAAGAUGAAGAAGGAGAGGUACUGGUGUCUACUGUUUGUCCAAAGAUUUUAAACAGUAUGAAGAUUGAACAAGUAAUUGAUCCAAAUAUAGUGGAGAUGUUGAAGAGGGGGUCCCAAAAUAUGCAAAAUGGAGUCACUGAUGAGGAAGUUAAUGUGCCACUCAAGCACAAUGCUCAGAUCAUAGUGACCAUGGGCCUCAUUUAUAAACGUUGCGUAGGCGCAAAAUAAGGCGUACACCACUUUCUAAGCAAACUUUGGGAUUUAUAAAAACAAACUUGACGGGAGAAUGUGCGGUCCUCCAUGGACACUUUGACACAUACGUAUGCACAUAAACUGGAGAAAUGAGAAACUGUGACUCCAAUGGCAGAAGAAUGAAACUCGAGAAAUGCUUUGAAAUUGAUACCAUUGUGUAAAAUAAAUUGAAAUAUUACCUCUCACGUAUUAUAUAUGAAGAGUUCCCUGGAGUACACACAAAAGAAACCACACAAAAAACAUGAUGUAGGAUAAUAAAUACAAAUGGAGAUAUCUGUUUUUGCAAAAUAACCCCUCAAAUAUGUUGUACAGUUUAAUCGGGAAUCAUAUUUAAUUGGAUCUGUAAUUAUUAAACAAUACUUGCAUGUUAUGAAAUGUAUUCUCAUAAAUAAUAAGGUGAACAGUAGGACAAAUUACGUUUAAACUGAUGCCAUUUUCAAUGCCUCAGUCGGGCAGAUACCAGUGCACAGUUUCAUAUAUUGUUAUCACAUGUUCGUUGCACAGAACUGUCAAUGUGAUAAUGGCCGUGUCAUUGUCAGUUACAAUCAGGGUAAUUACCACACCUGAAGGUGUUACACAAUUGUGUGGCUUUGACAAUCAAAUGGGUGGGUAUAAAAAGGCAUGCAAUUACAAUGCUUAAUGACUCACAAUGGCUGCUUUGGCACUGUUGGAAGAUUUGACAAAUGGAAGAAUUCUGAGAGAGCGAAUUUUCAGAGACCAGACAGAUUUACUGGCAAAUGAUGAAGAGUGGCUUAUUAGCUGGUUCCGAUUACCGAGAGCUGUUCUCUUGGAUCUCUGUGCUAUAGUGGGCCCAGCUUUACAGAGAAGCACCCGCAGAAACCAAGCCGUGCCUGUCCCACAUCAACUCCUUGGCAACCUCGUUAAUAGCGUCGAUGGUGUCUCUUCGCGUUUGCAGGACUGCAUCUGUGAGGACAUGGCCACUGGAGGGUUGUGACGCACGAGGUACAGUGGAGAUGCUGGGGCUGGGCGCACUCAGCUCCUGCUCAGCUGCAGCUCCUCAGACCCCACAGGAACACACAGCGACUAAAAACAAUUGAAAAUGUCACAAUUGUUUGUGUAAAUAAAUGUUUAAACACAACUUGAAUACAUUUGGUUUACUCUUUUCAAACGAGGGAAUACUAAUUACAUACCUUGAUCAUCCGGUGCAUCUUGCAUGUCCGUGUCCCCCUCCACCACUACUCCACUCAGGAGGGAUUCCCCUAUAAUACUGGCAAGUCGCUCAUCAAGGAGCAAAGGGAUUGGCCUCCACUUUUAUGUCUGACCACUUCUUUUUAUUUCUGAGAAAGUCCGACCUUCUGAGCCAGCAGCAUUCACAGCGUCCGCCCUAUGCUGCCAUUCUAAUGCCUUUUUGGCAUUUGUAAUGCCCACACUGUGUCCACCAAACAAUAUCUUUUUUUCUUGCUUCAACCUCCCCUACAAGAACUUCCAUUUCACACUGGAUGAAAUUUCUUUUUUUAGCCUUUCUGUCGGGAUUUGCCGUCAUUAUCGUCAUGCAGUCAGUAUGGAUGAAUAUUAAUUAGGAACAUUUCACUGACUAUUUAUAGGCAACUAUGGGCGUUAAACGCUCGCUCACAUGCGCCAAAUUUUGAGUUGAUUGUGAUUUAUAAAGGGAAACGGGCGUGGGACGUGCGUGCGCAUUGUGUUAUAGAUCUGAAUAUUUUUGUGCAUAAGCACUUUCUGUGUUUCUCCGUACGCCAGCUUUUGACGUGAAUCCUCCGCACAGUUUUAUAAAUGAGGCCCUUGGACUGGAGUAUGCUAAGACUAAUCUUUGUGGACUUAGAGCUUGAAUCCCAGGUAGAACACUGGGCUUUGUGGACUUGAAGUUUGAAUCCCAGGUAGAACACUGGCAUUUGUGGAUUUGAUGAACCGAAGAAAGACCAGUAGUCGCUAAGGUAACAGCAAACGGAGGUCAGGGAAAAUAAAUCAAUCAAUGAAGGAACCUGCCAUAAAGAUCUUAUUAAAUUACUAGUAUUUGAGUAUUCUAAUCCCUAAUCCUAUGGAAUCUCGAAUGUUGGUGUGAUACAUUGUGUGAGGAAAACAGUGAUUCUCCAUGAGCUAAUGGUGCAGUGUGUUUGGAGAGGGUGAUAAGGUCACACUGAAGAGUCCUGUGGUCUAAGGUAACUAACGAUCUAGGAUCAGAUUAUCCUACCCCAUCCUUUACAAUUAAGGGGAUGACAAAUGAUCUGCCAAAUUAUCAGUUGCUCACACUGUUACUUAUUUCCCAUGUGUUUGUUCCCCCUAAACCAAAACCAAGUAAGCAUUAGGGUCACACUGUUGACCAGGAAUAGUGUCUUUAACAUGCUGCAAAGCCUUUGGUGUUCUCUCUGGUACACUGUCAGAACCCUCAAAUAUAUUCACAUUAAGGAAUCAAGAGCAAACUUUUAAAACAGAGGUUCCUACCAACAAAAUCGCUCACACUGUUUUCUGUUCGAAAAUGCUUCCGUUCGUUUGUGCUGAACAUGACCCUAGUUAUUCUUUGAUUUGUUAAAUCAUUAAGGGUACACUCCUUAAUUGAAUUACAAUAUUGUAAUUCUAUUACCAGAAACAAAGAGAUGGACUACAGAGUUUCCAGUCAACCGCUUUGGCUUCCUUUUAAGGUAGUUUUAGUCUUGUAAUAUGCAGGAAGGGUCACUGUGGACAUAGUUCUUCUCAUGCUCAGUUUCAACAUGAAAUGAGAGUUCAUAUUGAGAGUUCAGAUGGGGUUGCCAUUCAGAUAACUGGGUAUAAGAUAAGGAUGCUUACUCAAGCUGUUACCAGGCCCUCACAAAAAGGACAUGAAAGGUGAAGUGUGUAGGAAAUGCAUGAUGGGAGAUGUAGUUUUAAAGGUAGUGCCUGACUAGGAAUUACAAGGCAGGGGGAGACUGGUAUCUUUUACAAGUAGUGCCUCUAUGAAGGAUCAUUGAUGUAACUGCUAUGUCAUUUAGAUUUACCACAAUGUGUGUUGACAGGAGAGGUUGAAAAAAGGCUGUUUUUGUGGAGGAGAUAUCAUGAGUGUGUUGAGAUGGUAAAAAAAUAAUAAACAAUGGCCUGGUCUGAAAUCAACCAAUUGCUCCUACCCAUUUGGUGCUUGUAGAUUCUGAUGGAACCAGAGGUGUUUGUUAUACCUUAAGUUCACUGGAAGGCUAGGUGGAGCCAUCCCCCUACUGCCUACACCUUUCCAGUCUUCAGAUUUGCCAUCACAGAAGGGGUAGGAAUUAGGGGAAAGGGCAAAUAAUUGUAUUGUGUGGCUUUCUGACACAGUGAUUUCUAAUGUGGCUGACACAGAAUCACAUUCUAACAAGAACUUGUAACACAAUGUAUUGUUUAUAAGAACUGUAAUUAACUGAACAUUUAAAACAUUGUGAGAAGGAAUGCUUGUCAAAUGGGUGUCUCUAACUUAUGAAAGCAUGGGAUAUGAAACUACAUUCAUUCUACCACCUGUCAUGCGAUAUGAAACCACAUUCAUUCUAUCACCUGUCAAGCAUCUUCCUAUGAAUAGUGACAUGUAUUUCCAAGUCACAAGUUUACAUUUUAUCUUCAUCAUUCCUAUUUUUCUUCUGAGCCAAGAAACAAAGGCCAAAAUUCAGAUCAGAUCCGCCUUAAACCAUGAUAAAUUACAAUUGCAUAGCAUAUCAUUGUUUUUGUUUUUCGUGUUGUGUGUUGUAAUCUACACCUUGAUUAGGCUGAUAUAAAUCCGUAUUAUUUUAUAUAGCCUAGACUUUCACAUUUGGAACUUCUAACACAGGUGGGACUGGUGUGACUUCAUGACAAUGACCUCAAGAGCAGCCAUUCACCAUUUGACAGCUCCAACGCAGAACACCUACAACAUCGCCUAAACAAAAACAAUUAUAUGUAAUGCAGUCUGUCGGUUAUUGCGGGUUAAGGCGAAUCUGAUUGAAUCAUGCCUGAUUUUGCGACAUUCUCCGAGACUACUUAUAUUUUCAGUCCCCAAACAGUCAUUCUGGCCACUAUGAGGAAACCAAGUAAAGGUUAUAAAGAGUGUACAGAUAUGCCGUAUAUACAUAAAUAUAUUGUAAUUACAAAUGUUACACUGUACCAAUUCUUACUGUAGUAAUUUAAAUUAUUUUUAUUUAUUUAUUUUUAAGUGUGAAUUGUAUUAUUUAUUUAAAAUGUUUAAUGCAGCA